CAAAUCAAACACUAUGGAGCUGUCCUUCGGUUCGGAUUACAAGGAAUUGGUGUUCAAAGGAUGUGCGAACUAGAAAUCCCAAGAUGGAACUUGGGUUUUCUCUCAAAAUCUGGAUGCCCUAUUUGAGACUCUGGUUUCCCAAUAAUCUGCCGCUAAGUUCUACAAAAUCGCCGCCGUCGCCGGCCAAUCGAGCAUUACUAGGUUGUUCCAAUGUCGGGGCGACCUCUCCGCCUCCGAUUGUAGCGAUUGCGUGUAGAAAAUCACCGACAUGUCUAAAAACCUUUGUGGCAACUCAAUCGGGGGAGAGUCUAGUUGGUCGGGUAUUACAUCAGGUACAAGGUGUCCAGAUUCCGGCAAGUCGGACCCACCAAGAUGCUCUACAAGCUCUACGGGAAACCGCGCUUGGGGAGAUCGCGAAGAGCGUGGAAACCGGCAACGGGUUCUACACUGACGGCUAUGAAUCGGUCUUCGUCCUUGGCCCGUGCGAAGGCGAUUUGGGAAGCGGCAACUAUGUGAAAAUCACGGUAGAGAAAUCAAAGAGCACCUGCAGCUCCGCUAUUUCCGCCCAGAUGUAUCUCCAACAGUGCUACAUAACACUCCAAAAACAGUGGCAAUUAUCUUGGGAGGAUUGGCCGGUGUGGCCUGGGGUUGGUUCUUGCUUGUCUGCUAUUCACAAAAUCAGCUUUCAAGAAAAAGACCCAUUCCAAGUACAACAUGGAGGAUAAAGGCCAGUAAACCCAUUCUAAUUUGUUUCUGUUCUUUCAUUUUUCUUAUCAAGAUUCACUUUAAAUAUAAUAAUGAAGCUUAUAAUGAUGUUCUGUGGUGUUAUUCUGGGAUUUAGGUAACUGAAAAUGGUAGAGCCAGAACCGAAAAGCCUCCAAUGUCAAUGAGCCGAGAAGGUGUAAUUGCUAAUAAAAGGACAUUUUUGCCCCUCAAAA